AUGGGAAAAACAGGAGAAUGGGAGAAUGAGAGAAGGGGGAAGGGGGAGGACAAGAGGACGGGAGGAGGACAACAGGACGGGAGGAGGACAACAGGACGGGAGGAGGACAACAGGACGGGAGGAGGACAACAGGACGGGAGGAGGACAACAGGACGGGAGGAGGACAACAGGACGGGAGGAGGACAACAGGACGGGAGGAGGACAACAGGACGGGAGGAGGACAACAGGACGGGAGGAGGACAACAGGACGGGAGGAGGACAACAGGACGGGAGGAGGACAACAGGACGGGAGGAGGACAACAGGACGGGAGGAGGACAACAGGACGGGAGGAGGACAACAGGACGGGAGGAGGACAACAGGACGGGAGGAGGACAACAGGACGGGAGGAGGACAACAGGAUGGGAGGAGGACAGCAGGCAGUAAUCCAUAGGAGAUGGGGCACAGAACACCAGACACAACAGCAGAUGAGAAAAUAUAUAUAUUCAAUAGUAUUUUGA